AUGCCACCAAAGAAGAAAAGCGGAGCGAGUAAUCAGAAAGAGGCCAGCGGCCACAAAGAUUCCGCAACCAAGCAGGAGAAAGAUCCCGAACAGCAAAACACUUUGUCCAAGAAACGCAAAGCUAACACAGAAUCUGAACAACCUGUAAAGGCCUCCCGACGCUCUGCUCGAGGCACGCCAAAACCAAAGCCAUCCCAUUCGCAAUUACUCAAUUACCUACUAUCCCACGAUGCCGAAGCCCAAUGCCGUCCACCAGACGAAACGGAAGACAUUGAAUCCAGAGGAAAAGACAUCAAAACCUACUCUUCAUCAGUCCUCAAUCCCUUCGAAGAGCUCACAUGUGCCAUGAUCCUCUCUCGACCUAUCUCCCAUCGUCUAGGCCUCCGAUCGAUUCGAACAAUCCUCAAUUCGCCAUACUCGUUCAAUAGUGCCUUGGCAAUCAAGAACGCUGGAGAAGAGAAAGUCACGCAGGCAUUCUAUGAUGCGAGAACACAGCAUAAAGAUAAAACGGCUGCGCAGUUGUAUGAGUUGGCGAAUACGGUGUUGGAGAAGUUCACCGCGGCAGAAGGGGACGAGCAAGGGACGCAGUUGGGAAGAGUGCUUAAGGAGCAUAAGGGUGAUGUUGAUGAGGCUGUGGAGGAGUUGAAGAAAGAGAUUAAGGGCUUUGGUGCGACUGGGAUUGAGAUUUUUCUUCGUCGGGUGCAAUGGCUCGAGGGGUGGGAUGCAAGGUAUCCGUAUGUGGAUUCGAAGACGCAGAAGGCUCUUGAAGAGCUUGGUUUGCCUUCUGACGCCAAUGAUCUCCGCGACGCUGUUGAGCAAGAAUGGAAGACGCUGAACACGAAGCAUUUGGCUGGCGAGGAUGAAGCUGGUCGGAAGCGCAGAGCGUUUGUGGUGAUUUUGGAGCGUGCAUCGACAACACUUCUGGAGAGCAAGGUAGACGAUGUUUCUGCGGCAGCAGCAGCAUUUGCUUCGGAGACUUGA